AUGACCGAGUCCAGAGCUAAUGCGGAGGCCGCCCUAAAUCUGAACAGCGUCAAAAAAAGCCUUGUUCGAUGGGAAGCCAAUUUUGACGACCUUGUCGUCGACCAAGACACGCGUCUUAUGCGAAAUGCUGCAGCUCACCGAAAGUCUCGUUUCCGAUCGCAACCGGUUCCCCGACGACGGGUUUUGUCCGUUGGCUCUGGACCUCAGUUUGAUAUUUUAUUCUCAUCUGAUGGCCUGGUAACGCCGAUGGCCGCGUCUUCCGUCGCCGCGGCCUCGACUUGUUGCGGAGUUACCAGGCGCAAGUGGCUUCUGGAUGCGGACCAGUAUCACACUAUCUUUAAUCGUAUUAUGGAGAUUGACGAAGCACGUCUUCAUCUUCAGCCUGGUGAAAUUCCUCGGGAUGAUUUACUUCCUCCGGGGGAGGUUAUCUACGCAGUCACGUUCUGGAGCAAGCCUCAGGGCCUUGAUGGGCCAUGGUUCAGCGUCGCUGAACACAUGCCGUUAGGCUGCUUUGAACCUGGUGAAUCAGCUGUUCCAGUGAGCCAGAGCGCUUGGUACUUUUACCAUCCCGCACGACUGAUGCCGUCGAUACUCAGCCCCAGGCAGGGCACCGCGUCAAAAAGCUCGUCGCGUGCACGAUCUAUGGCGGCUGCUCUUGGGGAAGUGUCGGUAGCCUAG